ACGUCCCAUCAGCCCUUGCGCGCCAACGUCCCUUCUCUCUUCCUCGGCGCUGCCUACGGAGGUAGCAGUGAAUUCCUCGGCAUCAUGGCCGCCCUUAGACCCCUUGUGAAACCCAAGAUCGUCAAAAAGAGAACCAAGAAGUUCAUCCGGCACCAGUCGGACCGAUACGUCAAAAUUAAGCGUAACUGGCGGAAACCCAGAGGUAUUGACAACAGGGUUCGUAGAAGGUUCAAGGGCCAGAUCUUGAUGCCUAACAUUGGUUAUGGGAGCAACAAGAAAACAAAGCACAUGCUGCCCAGUGGCUUCCGGAAGUUCCUGGUCCACAACGUUAAGGAGCUGGAAGUGCUGCUGAUGUGCAACAAAUCUUACUGUGCUGAGAUUGCUCACAAUGUUUCCUCCAAGAACCGCAAAGCCAUCGUGGAAAGAGCUGCCCAGCUGGCCAUCAGAGUCACCAACCCCAAUGCCAGGCUGCGCAGCGAAGAAAAUGAGUAGACAGCUUAUGUGCACGUUCUGUGUUUAAAUAAAACUGGCAUCUUCCUUAGUUUUAA